AUGAGUGACGAGCUUCACGCCUCAGCGACUACCCCGGAGAACCGUCCAGGUUCUCCGUCUACGCCAGGAACACCUCAGGUCGACACGGAGGAGAAGUCCGAGAUCAGGAAAGAGACGGAAGACAGCGAGAAUGAAGAUACAGGUCCAACGGACCGGGAAGAGGAAAAAGAGACCCAGCGAGAAAGCAGAGCAGCCGACGAGAAGGCAAACGGCUCCGCACCACCAUUGCCCGACGAGGUCCCUCCACCACUCCCCAACGAAGCUCCGCCAGGCGCCGCCGAGGACGAUGGGUGGGAGCCCGUGUGGGAUGCCAACGCUCAAGCGUACUAUUUUUACAAUCGGUUCACCAGUAUCUCGCAAUGGGAGAACCCUCGCGUACCCAAUGCAACAGCCCCCGGCACAGAGAGUACCAGCCACACCACCACCGAAGCGCUCCCAAAGAAAAAAGAACCGGUACUUGGAGGCUACAACCCUGCGAUUCAUGGGGAUUACGACCCGACCGCUCCCUACGCGCAACAGCAUGAAGAACCAUCGGAAGGGAGCAGCGGACCCGCGCUUGACCCGAUCGCCGCGUACGGCGCCACUGGUACAUUCAAUCGGUUUACCGGCCGCUGGCAGGCGGAUUCGAUCAAUGCAGAGAACCACAAUGAUGAGAACAAGUCGCGGCGACAGAUGAACGCUUUCUUUGAUGUGGACGCCGCAGCCAACAGCCAUGAUGGCCGGAGCCUUCGGGCUGAGCGGAGCGCGAAGAAACUGAGCAAGAAGGAGCUGAAGAUGUUCAAAGAGAAGCGCCGAGAAAAGAAAGAAGAGAAGCGGAGGGCGUGGUUGCGAGAUUAA